AUGGUUUAUCCCAUGCCGUUGAUCAGCGAUCUGCUGGAAGAUCUGGAUAAAGCUCUUUGGUACUGUUCGCUAGACAUGGCUAGUGGAUUCUGGGUCGUCGAAAUGACUGAACGAGCAAAACUGAUCUCAGCGUUUGUCACGCCGUUUGGCUUGUUCGAGUGGCUGCGAAUGCCUUUUGGGCUUAAGAACGCGCCCCAGAUCUACCAACAUCUGGUUGACAAUGCGUUGUAUGGAUAUCUCAAGAUCGGCCAGAGAUCAGCCUCUGAUGGCCCGAUCGACGUGUUCAAAGAUGGAGAACCUGACAGAUCGACGACCGUCUAUACUGGGACGCCGAUCUUAAAUUGA